AAGGCCAGCAAUUUCGAUAAGGUCACACAGGAUUUACUGGCCAUUACUACGCCUAUCUAUCGCUGUCUAGUCGUGACACAGGAACCUUUUCCUCAGACACUUAUCAGCGAGACACUACUAGCCAAGGAGGCCUGGCGAGAGGCAUCCAAAUUGGCAGGGCUUACAAUUCAACUAACUCCUUUGUUGGUCAAAUUGAUGAUGAGGCGCACUUCACAAGUGCGCAGGGAGCUCAAAACUAAGAUGCACACACUUACAGCAUCAUUCUUUGGCUUCUGCACAAGCCAAUCUAUAGCGGCUAUGACACACAAUCGCAACCUAGCUGAAUCUCUGAAGGAUGAGACGUGUUUCGUUUUCAAGGACUGGGAGAAGAGAAGCGGGAUUUACAAGACUGGGUUGAUACAGUCAGCGGUGAACGACAUGUGGUUUGCGAACCGCAAUGAUGAGGGCAUGAUUUACAAUAAAUUUUUCAACCUUUUACCAGUUGAACUUCUCACACUUAUUCUCACAGCGAUCAAAUGUUGCCUUGACAAGUGGAUAGCCGGGGUGAAGGAAGACAUCAAAUUCUUGUCAACAGCUUAUACUCCGGUCUACCUGGUCCAUCUCAGCUCAUUACAGCGAUUCGAC